AUGUGGAAGCUCAUGUGUUAUGAACCAGGCUUAGAGGAAGAGAGAAUAUGUCCUACCAUUCUGUUUAUUUUUUACACAAUGCUGGAGUUCACCACCUCAACGUCAGAAUUUACAUUUUAUAUAUUUGAGGAGCAAGAUGAGGUCACCUACAUUGGCUCUUUAAAGAAUAAGAGUUUGGCAUCACCUCCACUCCAGUACAGCCUUCUCCCCCCAUCAAUCUAUUUCCAUUUGGACAAGCAGACGGGAGAUUUGUAUACCACUGCAUACAAACUGGACAGAGAAUAUUUAUGCCCACAGGAUAUUUCAAAUCAGUGUUUUGUGGAAAUUGAUGUAUUUGUUUCUUCUCAAGAACACUCGGAAAUUGCAAAGAUCAAAAUCUUUAUUUUGGAUAUUAAUGACCAUGCACCCUUUUUCACAGACAGGACCAUUACACUUGCCAUUCAGGAGGAUGCAGCAGUAGGAACUGUAUUUCCUAUUGACCACUCAGCUAGUGAUGCAGAUGCUGGACAGAACAGUGUUUUGCUCUAUCAUUUGAACAGUACUGAUGAUGUGUUUAAAUUGGGGAACAAUUCACAGUUGGUUUCAUUAACCCUACAGCAGCCUUUAAAUCAUGAAUCUAAAAAUAAAUACUAUAUGGAUUUAAUUGCUAUAGAUAAGGGACUUCCUCCGUUAUCUGCCAGUGCCUUGAUUAUUGUGCAAAUAAUGGAUGUGAAUGACAAUUGUCCUGUUUUCUUUGCAAGUAAUAUUAAUAUCAAUCUCCCAAGAAACACCUCUAUCAACAGUACAGUUGCCCAGCUGGAAGCAGUUGAUGACGACACUGGUGAGAACAGCCUCAUUCAGUAUAUAUACAGCAACAGAGUCCCAACAGUAUGCAAAAAACUCUUUUACUUAGAAAGCACAACUGGAAUCAUAAAAUUAGCUGCAUCUAUACCUGAAGACACCCCUAAUAAUCACAAGCUCACAGUAUUAGCCAUUGGCCCUGGAUGUGCUCCUGCGGUAGCUACUGUUACAUUAGUAAUACAAGAAUUUAAAAGAAAAGAGCCAAGGAUGGAAUUCCGCUUAAUAGCAGCCCAAGAGGGGGAGGGAGUUUCUGUCAAAGAAGAUGUUCCUAUAAAUACAAUCAUUGCUAUCCUAGAAAUUAAAGACCCAGAUUACAGCAUCCUCAGGCCAGUCUUCAUAAAUGGAACAAUGCCUUUCUCUCUAAAAGUCUCAGAAAAUUCACCAGAUACCUAUUUGCUAUUAACAAGUGGAAUCUUAGACUUUGAGCUAGAACAAAAAUAUACAAUUCACGUUCUUGGUAAUGCUACAUUUGACAAUUUAAUUGUCUACCAAGCGAUGCUUAAUGUUAAGCUUGAAGAUGUAAAUGACAAUGCUCCACAAUUCCCGCAGAGUGUGUUGGAAGCAUCCGUAGAAGAAAAUAACAGCCCAGGAGCUGUUAUACUGACACUUUCUACGUUUGAUAAAGACAGUGGAUCUAAUGGAAAUAUUUCAUAUCAUUUUGGUGGAGAGUUGCCAUUGGAAUUUUCUAUUGAUGUCUCUCAUGGAAUUCUUGUAGCGACUGUUUCUUUUGACCGAGAAAAAAAAACAUCUUACACUUUAACUGUAGUGGCUUCAGAUCAUGGCUCACCCGCAAAGAAUAGUUCAUGCGCAGUAAUUAUCAAUAUUUUAGAUGAAAAUGACAAUGCGCCUAUGUUCUUUGCUAAUGAGCUUACAUUCUUUGUUCCUGAAAAUCUUCCCCGACAUGGUAAAGUAGGAAUACUAAAUGUAACAGAUGCUGAUUAUGGAUUAAAUGGAGAGAUAUCAGUGUCUGUGUUGAAUACCACCAUGCUCUUUUCAAUGGCCCAGAAUAUUAUAAUACUUGAGGGUUCCUUAGACUAUGAGAGCAUGAAUAAGCAUGAGCUAUGGAUUGCAGCUCAUGACAAAGGUAACCCACCAUUGAGUUCCACUGCAAAAGUGAACAUCAUGGUGUUAGAUACAAACGAUAAUGCACCACUGAUUUUGCUGCCAGAUUCAAAUUUUUCAUAUGUGCUAGUGCCCCCAGAUACUUCAAAGGGAUCUCCUGUAACUAAGGUUCAUGCUGUUGAUUAUGAUGCUGGCUUGAAUGGAGCAGUACGUUAUAGUGGCUUUGGGGAGAUGGGCCCUUUCGGUGACCUCUUUAAAAUUGAUAAUGUUACGGGUAACAUCACACUAAAAGAAAGCAUUGCAGGACACCACUGUGGCCUUUACCAGUUUCUGGUGAUGGCAAGUGACCAAGGAUAUCCUGAAGCCCUUUCCACUAUUGUUAGGAUUAACAUUCUCCUCAAUCACAGCAUAAGUAACAGGAGUUAUCUAGAAUCAGUUAUUAUGGCCGAGACGAAAGUCCCAACUGAAAACCAAGUAGUUCUAUUAAGCCCGUGUACACAGUACCACAAAAUGGCCCCUUUUUCUUGGUCUUUAAAUGUAAUACUUUUCCUUGUUUUAGUAAUUCUCUGUAUUCUUUUCUGUGUUAUAGGGACUUUAAUGAUUUUCUGUAGAAGGAAAGUUAAUGACAAACGAAGGAAAAAAGCAGAUGUUCAAAUUCCAUUAAAACUAAAUGCUGAUUACUGGGAUAAUAUAAAAUAAUUGUGGCCUUUCCUAACUCAACAUAAAUGGCAGUAUUUCCCUAAG